AUGAGAAGCGAAUCGCUCAAAAUCUACUUCCUGAAAAGUGUCAUACGAAGUUUGAUCACCGGGAAACCUUCAUUCUCUUCGUGCUCCUGCCCAAAAACGGAAGCUACUUUGCCCCAGCUGUCCAAUUUGCGCAUAAAACUCAAUCAAUUGCAUGAGAUCGCGAUGCUCCCGCCAAGCUUAGAAACGAAAAUUCAAGCCCUGCAGAAAAUCCAGCUGGAAAUGAUGAGCAAGGAAGCCGUGUUCCAUAAGCACGUCCACUCGCUGGAAAUGGAAUUCCUGACGUCAAUCGGAGAGCUGUACGAGAAGAGAAAGCAAAUCGUAUCCGGAACGUAUCAGCCCAUAAAGAAAGACCUGCUAAAUCCAGAGGACUUUGAAAUUAGCACGGACGCACAGCUCAAAGGAGUUCCGGAAUUCUGGCUUACCGUCUUCAAGAAGACACCCGUCCUGCAGUGCAUGAUUUGGGAGGCGGACGAGCCAGCUUUGAAGCAUCUGGUUGACGUUCAGGCAGUCAUGUUUGAUCAACCGAAAGAGGGGUUCACCUUGCAGUUUGAGUUCGAGCCGAACGAUUUCUUCAGCAAUGAGGUGCUGACGAAGAAAUAUUUGAUGGAGUGUGUCCCCAACGAUGAGGAGCCGUCCAAAUUUACUGGGUUCGAAAUAUAUGAUACAGUCGGUUGCGAAAUUGACUGGAAGGAAGGAUUCAAAUUGACUGCUCAGGGUGCGCCAGGAGUGGAACGUAGGCUGAACUCGUUUUUCAACUUUUUCGAUCCGAUGAGGGUAUUGGAGGAUUGUGACCCACUAGUAAGAAAACAUUUUCUGGAAACAGACUUUGAGAUAGGAUAUUUUAUCAAGGAACGCUUGGUUCCCAGAGCGGUCCUGUUCUACAAUGGGGAUAUGUCGGACGAUGAAGACGAGCCUAUGGCUGAGGAAGUGGUUGUGUCGGAAGAAAUUAUUGUCGACUGA